AGUGAUAACAUUGUAUCACUAGUGGUCAGGACGUGUCCGAUUCAUUGAGUUGAGAGCGAUACAACAGAAUGGUUAUUGAAAUUCCCGAAUUUGGGAGGUGCUGUUUUUGCAUGCCUUUACGGAGAGGCAUUGCAACAUAUGGAUAUAUGAACAUUGUGUGGUCAACCCUAAUGUUGUUAAUGCUUAUACAUUACAAUCCCUAUUUGGAGUUCGCGUAUCUAUAUUUAAAUUUGCUUUCCUAUAUAGGAUGGGAGGCGUCAAUAGCUCUGUAUAGUGUGGACAUCGUUGUAAGUUUUUGCCUUGUAAUUGGAACUCAUUUGAAAAACGUAAAAUUACUGAAGGCUUACGUAUGCUAUGUAGUGUUAACUUUGCUUGCGUUGUUCACAUUCAAUCUUGUCCAAUCCUUCAAGAUCAUCAAUUUUUUCUUUGUGAUUUCGAGUUUAACAGGUCUCUUUAUCAGUUUGUGCAUUCAUGUCUACAUAUUGAUAUUAGUGUGGAGUUUAAUUAGGAAAAUCGAAACGGCAACAGCAGAAGAUGGCUACCAGAAUCAGCUGCACCAAUUUGUGAAUCUUGAGGAUGGUGAAAAUAUUGUAAUUGAGAAGGACAGUACUACAAUACCUGUAGAAACUUAAAAUUCAUUAACGCGCCAGUACGUUAGUAGUUAUUUCGAGUGUGAACAAUCAAGUUUAUUUGUACCAAUAAAACUUUUCU